AUGAUCUCUGAAGCUGGGCUGUCCUUUAACCUCAUACAGACAGAACGACAGAACCAUGCCCGUGAACUGGUGCAGGGGUUGAGCCUAAGUGAGUGGGAAGGCAUUGUCACUGUCUCUGGAGAUGGGCUGCUUUAUGAGGUAUUGAACGGGCUCCUUGAUCGGCCAGAUUGGGAAGAUGCUGUGCGGAUGCCCAUUGGGGUCCUCCCCUGCGGUUCCGGCAAUGCACUAGCUGGGGCAGUUAACCACUAUGGCGGAUUUGAGCCUGCUGUCGGUGUUGACCUGCUGCUCAACUGUUCGCUGCUUCUCUGCCGCGGUGGCAGCCAGCCUCUGGACCUGCUCUCCGUCACGCUAGCCUCAGGAUCCCGCUGUUUUUCCUUCCUGUCAGUGGCCUGGGGAUUCUUGUCAGAUGUAGACAUCCACAGCGAGCGUUUCAGGGCCCUGGGCAGCGCUAGAUUCACCUUAGGUGCAGCACUAGGCCUGGCCACAUUGCAUACCUACCGCGGACGCCUCUCCUACCUCCCUGCUACCACAGAGCCAGUCUUGCCCAUCCCAGGUCCCAGCCUGCCACGAGCCAAGUCAGAACUAGCUUUGGCCCCAGCCCCUACUCCGUAUUUUGCUGGCCAUGGAGCACGGAAACCACUUCAGCCUGGGCUGCCCUCACCUGGGCUAUGCUGCAGCUCUGGCCUUUCUCCUUGAACCACUCACGCCACGUGGUGUGCUCACUGUGGAUGGGGAAUUAGUGGAGUACGGGCCAAUGCAGGCACAGGUGCAUCCCAGUCUUGCCAAGCUACUCACUGGGCCUGCAGGUCAAAAACAGUGAACUGAAACAUGCCGAGGUGGUGGGACCACAGCACCAAAGGCUAUGGCCUGGCUUUUAUAGGUAGAACUGGAACUCAGACUAGCAAGGGUGGAGAGUGGUGCUGACCCUCAAUUCCCAGAGGGCCUAGCGGCUGCCCAAUAAUCCAGCCUGGAAUGUAUGAGCUGGCAAGGCCUCAGUUCAUUGGCCAGCCAGGAUUUCUUGCCUACUCCGGUGCCUCCAUUUGACUGGCAAAUCAGACCAUGAGGGGUAGGUUCCCCCAGGCGGUCGGUCCCCAGGAUUUGCACUAAUGACAGUCCGACCCUCGCUGGUGGCAAGGUGGAGGAAUUCACUUCUCAUGUGUCUUGUGUGUCCCUGUCUCUGGUCUAAAAAGCAAUCGAAAAGGUCUAUGCAAUAAAGGCGUCACUUUCUUCUUCA